AUGCCGCACCAAGAUGGCCCAACGGCCGACGACUGGCCGGACGAGCACCUCACCGAACAAACCACCAACAGCACCGGCCAUGGGCGGACUCCCCGGCGUGCGCAUUACCAUGAGAGGGGACUCAACACCGGGGUCCGGGUAAUGGAUGAUGGCCGCCUGGACAUUAAGAUCCGCGAACGCAAACCCUGGGUAUCAAAAAUCAUCAAACAUCUCCAACAGCAACCAGAACCCCUCCAUGAAGAGCGCAAGCCAUCUGUCUGCUUUAUCGAAGAUGGGAAACCCCCCUGCGCCUUAAAACUCAACAUCGUCAUCCAAGUCGUCGGCUCCCGCGGUGACGUCCAGCCCUUCAUUGCCCUAGGCAAGGUCCUCAAGUCCCACGGCCAUCGCGUCCGUCUCGCCACACAUCUCGCCUUUCGUGAAUCCAUCGAGCAUGAGGGUCUCGAGUUCUUUAAUAUCGGCGGCGAUCCAGCCGAGUUGAUGGCGUUCAUGGUGCGGAAUCCGGGCCUGAUGCCGCAUAUGAGUACCCUGCGUAGCGGGGCGAUUCCUCGCCGGAGGCGCGAAAUGAAGGCUAUAUUUUCGGGGUGUUGGCGCUCGUGCUAUGAGACGGGUGAUGGAACAGGAUUGCAUCAUAUUCCGGAGGAUCCGUGGAGUGAGACGGCGGAUUAUCGCACGAUGCCGUUUGUGGCCAAUGCUAUUAUCGCGAAUCCGCCGAGUUUUGUUCAUUUGAGCUGUGCGGAGAAGUUGGGGAUUCCGUUGAAUAUGAUGUUUACAAUGCCCUGGUCGGCAACACAGUCUUUCCCUCACCCGCUGGCAACGAUCCGCACAAAGAACACCAAACCCUCCGCUGCGAAUUUUGCUUCGUAUGCCAUUGUCGAAAUCCUUAUGUGGGAGGGCCUGGGCGAUCUGAUUAACUCUUUUCGGAAGCGUGAGCUCGGGCUGGACCCGUUAGACGCUAUUCGGGCACCGAGUAUUGCGCACCGGUUGCGUAUCCCAUACACUUAUCUCUGGUCGCCAGCCCUCCUGCCCAAACCCGGAGACUGGGGCGAUAAUAUAGACAUCGCCGGCUUCUCCUUCCUCUCCUCGGGCUCGGACUACACACCCCCCGACGACCUGGCGAAUUUCAUCAAAUCUGGACCUCCCCCAAUCUACGUCGGGUUCGGCUCCAUCGUCGUAGACAACCCGGGUUCACUAACAAAGAUCGUCUUUCAAGCCAUCCGCGAAAGCGGACAACGAGCAAUCGUCUCCAAAGGAUGGGGAAACCUCGGAGCCGACGAAGACGAUAUCCCAGAGAACAUCUUCAUGAUCAGUAAAAGCCCACAUGACUGGCUCUUCCAGCACGUCUCCUGCGUCAUUCACCACGGCGGAGCGGGCACCACCGCUGCCGGACUGGUACUGGGCCGUCCGACCAUCAUCAUCCCGUUUUUCGGCGAUCAGCCGUUCUGGGGCUCGAUCGUGGCUCGCGCUGGCGCUGGCCCGCUGCCUAUUCCACAUAAGCAGCUGACGGUGGAAAAGCUGACGAAUGCGAUCAAGCAAGCGCUUGAGCCUGAGACGUUGGAGAAGGCAAAAGAAAUUGGGAAGGAGAUGCGUAAGGAGCGGGGGGUGCAGAAUGCCGCUGCUAGCUUUUAUCAGCAUCUAGAUGUGCAGACUAUGCGGUGCUCUAUUUGUCCGGAUCGGCCGGCUGUGUGGUGGGUGAAGCAUUCGCAUAUUAAGUUGAGUACGUUUGCUGCGGCGGUGUUGGUGGAGACAGGGUUAAUUAGUCCGCGGAACGUUGUUCUGUAUGUUCUGUGUAGUUUGUAUCUUGCGGACGGUGUGUAUAUGGCUAACUGGUGGUUUUAG